AUGCCCAGCGUAAAGGAUCGCUGGAAAAACUGGAGGGCUAGGAAAACAAGGAGCCCGAACGAUAGCUCCAGCGUUGUCGCCUCCCCCACUCCCCCGCCGACAGAUAGCGCAAAAGUCCCGUCCAGCGACGUGGUGGAGUCGCCUCCUCCGUCGCAUCCAUCUGGGAAAAAGGCCGAAGUGACAAUCGCGACCUCCGGGAAUCGUCAGCCGACAACAAGGUCACCUUCCAAAGCGACGUUGGAUGUCUUAUCCGAUACUGGUGACCAUGCGCAUGUUCCUCGCUCUGCUUCGCUGGUUGUCAAUCCUGCUCAGGCCCAUCCCGGACCUGAAGAGCAAUUGACGAAACAGAGCGCAGUGCUUUCCAUAUCCCAGAGAAUCUGGAAUGCUGCCUACGAUAGCCUUGAGGAGGAUAGGGCUACUACUGACCUUGUUAAGUCUUACUUGAAGACUCUCACCGCAGUUCUCAAGGCCGAGAAAGGCUCUAGUGUCUCUGCCCCCGAAGACGAUGAGCUUGCUGCCCAAUUGCAAAGUCCAACCACUCGUCAGGAAUAUCUGAAGAAAUUAGUCAGCGAUGGUCAGAAAAAGAUUGAAACGUCGUCAAACAUCAAAAUGGCAGUGGGUGAUGUCGCCCAGUUCAUUCUUUCUGCCAAAGGGAUGAUCGACCUCGCAAUCCAGAACAUACCGCAGGCUGCUCUCCCGUGGGCUGGUGUUUGUAUCGGGUUACAAAUCCUCCUGAAUCCGGCGCAGGCUACCAAGUCUAACCUGGCGGGCAUCGCUCAUGUUACCUCCAGAAUGGACUGGUAUUGCGCCCUAACCGAACACCUCUUGAACAAGAACAAUAUUAUGAUCGGAACGGAGUCCUUUCCAGAGAUCUUAGAACUGCUGGAGAAGGCAGUUGUGCUGCUAUACAAGGAGCUCCUCCUCUAUCAGAUGAAGAGCGUCUGUUUCUAUUACCGGCAUCGUGGCGUUGGAUUCCUGCGCGGACUAGCGAACUUGGAUGACUGGGAUGGUGAUUUGGCAUGUGUUAAGGACGCCGAAAUCGUCGUGCGGGAGUACUCGGAGCAAUAUUACCGAGAGUAUCACAAGAGCUCUCUGCGCCAGCUCGUCGACUCCGGUAGUGAAAUGGAGAAAUACCUUGGUGACAUUCAUCAGAACUUGCGAGACUUUAUCGCCUUGCAAAAGACAACGCGAAGGAACGAUGAAGACAAGGAAUGCCUCCAGGAUCUCUUUGCAGUGGAUCCGCAGUACGAUCUGAGGGACAUUGAAGAGAAGAAGGAUAAAUUGCUCGACAAUGCGUAUGACUGGGUCUUUAGCACCGAUGAGUACGCCGCGUUUACCGAUUGGCUCGAUGAGGGGCUCAACAGUGCAUCCUGCCGUGUGCUAUGGAUAGACGGAUCUGCCGGCACCGGAAAGACGAUGCUCUUCAUGGGCAUCAUUCGCAAGCUCUCCAGUCAACCCUCCGCUCUUUCACCGAGUGUCUCGUACUUCUUCUGUCAAGGUACAGAUCAGACCCGGAACAGCGCAACGACCAUCUUGCGAUCUCUGGUUUGGCAGCUACUGGUGCAGCAACCAUCUCUCAUCUCGCACCUUCGAGACCAGCGUAGAAAUGCUGGUGCCCCUCUUUUGAGAGGCGAGCGCGCAUUUUAUGUGCUAUCCGACGCACUUCGCAGCAUGCUACAAGACCCUUGCCUAUCCCCAAUAUAUUUCGCUAUUGAUGCCCUUGAUGAGUGUGAUCGGAAAACCCCGGGCCUGGACCAGCUUCUUCAGCUGAUUGAUUCUUCACUUGCUCUCUCCAGUAAGGUGAAGUGGCUGGUCUCUAGCCGUCCGGAGGUUCUUGUUCACGCAGGCGGCAAGCAGCUCAAGGAUAUCCAUGCUUCAACAGUUUCGGUCACGUUGGACCCUAGGCGUCUGGAAGGACCAGUCAACGCAUAUAUUGACCAUAAGCUUGACAGCAUGAAAGGAAAAGACGGUUAUGAUACGGAUACCUUGGCACAACUUUCGCACGAGAUCCGCCAGCGAGCUAUGUCCACCUUCCUCUGGGUGGCAUUGGCGUUCAAAGAACUGGACGGAGUGGAUGGGUGGGACGCCGUCGAGACCAUCCAAAGAAUUCCCUCCGGCUUGUCGAAUGUGUACGAACUAAUUAUGGCGCAAAUCGAGAAGGGCAGUCCGGAAAACCAAAAGCGGUGCAAGAACAUAUUGGUCGCUGUUAUUCUCGCAUAUCGUACUCUCUCGCUCCCUGAGCUCGCCGUGCUUGCUGGACUGCAACCAAAGAUCAACCCUCGGACAAUUGUCGAGAAAUGCGGCUCAUUCCUGACAAUAUCUGGCCAAACCGUCUCCCUGAUCCACCAGUCCGCCAAGGACUAUCUCGAGGCAAACUACACCACAAAACUGGGUAGUGAUGUCGGCCAAGGCAAUGCGGACAUCAGCGCGCGCUCAAUCACUGCGAUGGGUUCGAUACUGAGAUACAACAUCUAUGAUUUGCCGUACCCAGGUUUUGAGACCAGUGAUGUAACGCAGCCUGACCCGGACCCGUUGGCUCCAAUACGGUACUCCUGUGUUUUUUGGGUGGGGCAUCUAUGCAAAGCAAAAAGCCAGGGCUUUGGGAACGACCUGACCGAGGGAGGGGCAGUCCUUAGAUUCUUCAAAGAGCAUUUCCUCCACUGGCUGGAGGCAUUGAGUCUUGUCGGUGGGAUCUCGGAGAGCAUCAGGCUCCUGAAGGAAUUACAGACUGCUGUUGACUCCGCCAACGACACUGAACUAUCUGCGUUCCUUCGCGACAUGCAUCGAUUUAUCCGUUUCUUCCGUCAAGUGAUUGACGUAGCGCCGCUCCAGGCGUAUUACUCAGGUCUUGUUUUUGCCCCACAAAGGAGCCUGGUUCGGCAGACGUUCGAGAAAUUUUUACACACCCGGAUAUCUCAUAUUCCCAUCCCGCAGCUGGAUUGGAGUCCUCGCCUAUAUACGCUUGACCUCUAUGAAACUACACCCGAAUCGGUAGCCUUCUCGGAAGCCGGUGAUCGACUUGCAUCAGGCUUGAAGAAUGGCCUUGUAAAAAUAUGGGACACAGCCACAGGUGGUCUCAUGCAGAUACUUCAGGGUCAUGAUGACAUGGUUAAUUCAGUAGCCUUCUCAAGAGACGGAAAUCUACUAGCAUCAGGCUCAAGGGAUCACACCAUCAAGAUCUGGGAUACAGUCACCGGGGACUGCGUGCAAAUACUCGGGGGGCAUAAUGGUCCGAUCUCCUCCGUAUCUUUCUCAGCGACUAGUGAGCAACUUGCAUCCGGAUCAUCGGAUGAGACCAUCAAAAUCUGGGAUGUUGUCGCCGGCAAAUGCGUGCAAACUGUUGAAGUGAAUUAUGCUGUCCAUUCAGUCGCCUUCUCAAACGCCGAUGCUCGACUAGCAGCAGGCUUGGAUGGGGGCAGUGCCAUAAUCUGGGACACCGCCACGGACACACAGAUGCACAAACUUGGUAACUAUCGUGCAUUUGUCGAAUCAGUAGCAUUCUCAGCGGAUGAUGAGCGACUUGCUUCCGGGGAAUCGCAUGGCACUAUUAAAAUCUGGGAUACGGCCACAGGUGCUUGCUUGCACACACUUCAUGGCCAUGAGGAUGCAGUUUUCUAUGUAGGCUUCUUAAGAGGCACAGAUCGACUAGCAUCAGGCUCAUUUGAUGGAACUGUUAAGAUUUGGGACCCGGCCAUAGGCAAAUGCAUGCGGACGCUUGUGGGCCAUAGUACUGGGAAGAUCUCAUCAUUGUCCUUCUCAGCAACCGGUGAUCAGCUCGCAUCGGCCGGGUUUGCUGAUAUUGAGAUUUGGGACAUGGCCAUAGUCAAUAACACGACACCAGUCCAGAGCCGUCAGGAACGGGUCAAGUCGGUCACCUUCUCAGCAAGUGGUCAUCGACUAGUAUCUCUGUCAUGGGAAGGCACUAUGUGGAUUUGGGACACAGUCACGGGCAAAUGCAUAUGCACGCUCGAGAGGCCAGUGGACGGUCCGUCGGUUGCAUCAGUAGCGUUCUCAAUGGCUGGUGAUCGAGUAGCUUCAGGUUUAUUCAACGGUGAUAUCAAGAUCUGGGACACAGUCACAGGAAGAUGCAUGCAGACGUUCAAGCACCAAGGCUAUAAUUUCUCUUGGGUUCAAUCAGUAGCCUUCUCAGCGACUGGUGAGCAACUGGCAUCAUGCUCAAUGGGUGGCGACAUCAAGAUCUGGAACACAGGCACAGGGAAAUGCAUGCAAACACUUGAUCAUUUCCAGGUUACCUUAGUAGCCUUCUCACCUACUGGUGAGCGACUGGCAGCAGGCUUAAGGGGGGGCGUCAUCAAAAUGUGGAGGACGGUCUCGAGAUAUUGCAUGUGGAGAAUUCGGGGCCAUAGUCGUCGACUCACGUCGCUGGCCUUUUCAGGAAGUGGCAAUCAACUUGCAUCAGCAUCAGAAGAUUUCACUAUGAAGGUUUGGAACACGGCCACGGGGGAUUGCAUACAGAUGUUCAACGUCGGCACUUCCAUAUGCCAGCUACUUUUUGAUCCUACGUCUACGUGUCUUGUCACUGAAAUUGGGCGUAUUAAGGUUGAUUUAUCAUCCUUUGUCCCUGCGAUGACGUCGGAGGCUGGAGAUAUGGCCGAAGAUCAAACCUAUCUUGAUCAAGAGAGCAGAGAGGUUCAGGAAGGUUUAAAUGGCGAGGUCAACGAUGAUGAGUGGCAAGAACAGACACACAGAGAGUUUGAACCAGAGUCAGUUGCAGAGAGGGGAUCAGGUGAGGUAGGCAUUCUGGCUAGCAACAAUGGUCUGUCAGAAGAAGAGUUAUUCGAAGAGCGAGAACCAGCCGACUACGUAUCAGUGGACGAGCAAUCCGCCGCCGAUGAAUUAGCUGACGAGAAGUCAGCUGACAAGGAAACAGACGAGGAGGAAUUAAGCGAGGAGGAAUCGGACGAGGAGGACCUAGCGCCUGUUUCAGCUGCCUACUACUCAGAGACAAAGGUUUACGGCUACGGUCUCCCGGACCGUCCCUGGACUACGCGCGACGGCCAGGAUUUCAUUUGGCUACCCCCGGAAUUCCGCCCCGAGUGCUCUGCCGUACAGGGCGACACGGUUGCCAUCGGUUGUCGAUCGGGUCAGGUCCUCAUCUUCGGCUUCGCACCAGAUGGAUAUUCCGCUGACACUUAA